AUGCGACCUCCGCGCCUCCUCGUGGUGCUCUUCUGCCUAAUCUUCUUCCCUAUCUUCGUCACCUUAUUUUCAGCGCUCUCUUCCUCUGAUGUAGCCACGCCCACUUCACUCACUGGUCAGCCAUCCGGACUGCACGCCCUGUUUUCAUUCAACAUUCCGACCUCACUUUUCCCCCCAUCGGCGAUCAUUAGUCUGACCGAUGACAACUCGACCUUCUUCCUAGCCCGCCCGGCGGCAUUUGGUCCGUUGUUGCCUAGCAAAAGCCUAAGCGGCCAACUGUGGGUAGGCAGUGGAUUCGGUGAAGGAGGGCUGGCUGCCGGCGUGGAAGGGGAAUUAGGUUGCUCUGAUAUCCCUGGCUGGGGUGAAGGAAACGGUCACAAGCUGCCAGACACCUCCCCCAGGGGCGCAGACCCAAAACCCGGCAACUCCGGAGGUGGUACAGUGAAAGAGGGGACAGUUUCACAGAAUACACGGUCACCAUCGCAGCCUGAGGGUUGGCAGAAUGUCAAAGAUGAUACCUCGGCUGCCCCCUCAUCGGGUGACGGUACCGACGACCAUCUUCACCACCCGUUGCCUGAAUCCAGUGGAUCGGAGACUGGCGCAACCCAGAAAUACGGAGACUACGUACAGGUCAAGAAGUCCGCCCAUGCAGAUAUUCAAUCGCUACAAGAAACCGCGGAGAUCCAGGGCAAAGUUGUGUUGCUAAGCCGCGGUGGCUGUGGGUUCCUUGAGAAGGUUAAAUGGGCUCAACGCCGGGGAGCUAUCGCGUUGAUUGUCGGUGAUGAUACUCGUGGUGGUAGUCUAGUUACCAUGUAUGCGCGGGGCGACACUUCGAAUGUGACUAUCCCUGCUCUAUUUACUUCCCAUACGACCGCCCACCUUCUUUCAUCCUUGAUACCGGCGCACUCUGGCGCAAAUUCCGGCUUGGGUGAAGCCCUGAAAACCGCCCAGGGAACUCUUGCUGGCCAAGUCAAUGCGGACUUGCAAAAAGCUGCGACCACUGCGACUGCGACCGCAAGUUCCACGCCCACUUCUACGAAGUCCUCAACGAAAGAACGACCAACGUCUGCGACUAAGUCUGGGCCUGGAUUCUUUCGUACCCUAGGCUCCUUCUUUGGGCUGUGCAAUAAAUUUGGCGGCUCAAGGGGUGUCGAAGAUAGCCGACGUCCGCCGAGCAGUGGUAACAUUGACUGGAUGACCUGGGAUAUAACCGAAGCCCGAGUCGACCACACCAGGAACUCCUUGGCAUCUAACAGCCGAAGCCAGGGCAAAACCGAUGAUACUUUGAACAGCAACAAAGUUGGGUUGGUCGCUGACAGCUUUGAGGCUGAUGAUUUUGUUAUUGGCGUUCAAGAUUGGAGAGACCCUGACUUGAUGCCCCCACGAGGCAGUGGUCCUCCGACAACAAGCAAUACUGCAACAGGGAAAGAUGCUUCCAAAACCUCCGCCCCGGGGUCGGAGGCCGUUUCCUCCAAUGUGUUACGUGGUGGUAGCAUCACCCCCGGAAGUGGAGAGUACCAAAGUAUCGACAAAUCCACUGGAAAAUCCCGGGAUCCGGCGAUGAAAGUCUCUGAGAAAGAUGCUCAUGCGACUAAAGAAGACAUCGAGUCUUCUGAAAAGGGCUGGUUCGCCAGUCAUUUUGGUUGGAGUGAUGAUCAGAAGCAGGAUGCUCAACCGUCUGCUUCGCCUUCCGUCCAGAACAUUGUCCACAACCAGAAGACACAAAAUGCGGCCCAUUCCUCGAGUACACCAGCUACCAUGUUCUCUGAGCAUGAAGGUCUUUGGGUGACUUUGACACCUACAAGCAUGUCGACAAGCCCAUUUUUUGAUACUCUCCUGGUCCUCGUGAUCAGCCCAUUAUUGACACUCACAGUGGUCUAUGCGCUUCUGCUUCUCCGAUCACGCAUGCGACGGCGCCGCUGGCGUGCACCGAAGUCUCUUGUUGAGCGCCUUCCCGUUCGAACGUAUCAUACCAUCUCCAAUAGCUCUUCUUCCUCAAACUCUCCACGUCCAUGCAGCCCUGGCGCUGCCUUACCGACUUCUCCUCUUCUUAACAAUGACUGCCAGUCGAGUCCAUCACGACAAACCCGAUCAUCUCAGACCAUUGCGGGGGCUACACUGGAUUCUGGAUCUCACAAGGAAGAGAAACCAACUAGUUUACAGUCGGGCUCGGUUUUAUGGCGACGCAAAUAUACUGGUAGACAAGUGGAGUGUGUUGUUUGCCUUGAAGAGUAUAUCGACGGACAAAGUCGGGUGAUGAGUUUGCCGUGUGGCCACGAAUUCCACGCUGAAUGCAUCACCCCUUGGCUUACCACCCGUCGACGAACCUGCCCUAUCUGUAAGGGUGAUGUUGUACGUUCGAUGGCCCAUUCUCACGGCGACGAUGCUCACUUUGAUAGCGAGCAGUCCGCUGGCCUUGGUAUCCAAGAAGGGGACUCUUCGGCUGAUGCAUCAUCUGCCCCUGUUCUGAUCGCGGGAAUCAGCGACGACCCUUCUGAUACUGGGGAGAAUCGAGGUCUUCUUGGAGGUCACUCAGCCUCUGCACCACAGGCAAGUUGGAGGAAUCUAGCUUCCUUGAGUCUAUCUGCUCUUAGCGGUGAUACCAUCUGGCACCAGGCUCGUGCUGAUCGGAAUCGCUGA